CACGGAUCAAUCAAUAGUCGCAUUCCUUGUUGAAGGACUCGGGAAGGAGAGACAGUUGGCCUCUAGAAGAUCAUGAUCCUGAUGAUUGUUCGGAGCUUCCCCACAAAAACAGUCUGGCGUUAAGAGGCAUUAAGGAGAAUAGAUCAACUAUCUCUCCGUCGGCAUUCAAGAAAAUUGCGUAGUCGGGCACAAGUGAUCAGUGCAAUGAGUGUUUUCAAUAUUUCCAAAGUUACAGCAAGCUUGUUGCUCGGCCUAGUCCUUGUCCUCGCAGCUGUUCCACGAGGAGCACAAGCCUUUGCUCCGUGUCAAGUCAGCCACAGAUGUCGCAGCGAUAACAACAACAACAAUCUGCUUUUCUCUUCCACCGACGAUGAUUCUGUCGGGCAAAGCAGUGAGGAUUCUGUUGCGUCCGAKUCGCCUCCUCCAACCCCCGUGAAGUGUCCCAACUGCGAUUUGUGUGAUGGAAGUGGAAGGUACGCWAACUCCGAAGAAUAUUAGAACUUGUCAUGAUAGCACAGUACAGCCAGAGAGCAAUCCAYAAGYCYGAAAAUCCGGAAAAGGCAUKCACAUUCACUGUGCUUUGGGGCAUCCGUCAAUCACGAAUUGCGCCUUGUUGUAGUCUCACAAAAUACCGAUUGUUUGUUGCGUGCGUUCGCCUCUGAAUAGAAUCGAGGGAGGGAUCGGAACGGUCUUGAAAUUUUGGCCCAUCAAGGCGUACCGUCCGUGUCCCAAUUUCAUCGAAAAUGGUGGCUUUUACACGCGGAGUGGKCAGGGACUAGAUGAGAUUGCCUUUGGAAGGGAUUCCAAAUACGAUCCYAUGAACGACUUAUAAUUGUUGAAAAAACRAUCGAGAAUAAAAUAUCGGAAAUGAA